GGGAAGACAGGUAGAUUUGUACAAUCUAUAUCGCAGAACAAAAACUCCGCCUCUUCUCUGCAAACUUCGCGAACGACAUCUUUUUGCAAAGAUCGUUUUAUUGCACCUCGACAGCGACAGCCCCCCUUUUUCUGCGCCUUGACAGCAAUAGUCACCAUUUCCCUGCCUGACUGCAUACAAACCAGCCUGCGAAAACAUACCCGCAACCGUCGCGCAAAAAUGUCGGAUCAUUCAAUUCUCGGCUUGAUGUUCACAUACGAUCGCGCCUCGAAUCGAUACAUUGGAGUCACGCAAAACGGGGAUGAACAUGCCAUCCUCACGCCCUAUGCAUACCACAAGGUCCUGCGCAACGGUCUGCCCAGGCUCAACACGAUCCCUACUGUCGGCGACGCGGACGGGGAUGAUGAGCUCGAUGCCGGCAACGGGCAGCCUGCAGAGAAUGACGGCGGUCCAGACGAUCCGAUCGUCAUAUCAGAACGAGAAGAGAGCUCUCAGGAAGAGGAUGAGGAAUCGCAGGGUGAUAUUGAAGAAGAAGUAAACGAUGUUGAUGAGGAGGUGAACGAAGUUGUCGAGGGUGCUGGUCGACCCGAAAUCGCUGCAGAGGCAGACGGUCUAUCAGUCCAGUCGAGCGCUUCGGGAAUCUUUGUGAGCUCCGACGAGGAUCUUCCUGGUAACGACGCCUUCAAGGGUGACUCUGUCCUUGCCCGCUUCCGCGAGCAACAGGAGAGAGGCAGACUCUUGCAAGCCGACGAUGAGGGAUUGGGCCCGCCCUUCGGUCCUCUGGACCAAGCCAUUCUUUCUGAGCCCGCCCCGGGUGCUCGUACGCCUAUCUACAACGAAGAGCCCGAAGAUCAGGCCACAGAUCAUGAGGGUCAUGGGGCGCAGCAGCCCCUCAACAGAUCUGCCGCCAAACGCCCCCUGGAGCAGCCUUCCGAGUCUCCUUCGCAGGCUCAGCCAUCUCGCAAAAAGAGGUCUCGUCGCCCUUCUCUUCCAUCUCCCUCCCCCAACCCUCACGCCAACGAUGCCGAGCAACUGCAGUUUAACAUGGUCCCUCUCAACCCCAACCCAUCUCAGAGCAUCCUGGACCAGUUCCAGCCAGUUCCCGAGGCUGAGCUGAAGACCUUCAAGACCUCAAAAGCUCCCGUCACCCUGAGUCAGAAAGUGAACUACGGAUACAGAAUGAACUUCGCCAUCUGUAUGCACCCUGGUUGUCCCAAUAAUGAGAGACAUGGAGGUAUGGGCUGGACCAGGGCUAUGCACCGUGAUGCACACAUCGAGAGCGAGCAUGCCGGUUUCAAGCAGCCUGAGCAGGGUACGAAAGCCACUUUUGUUUGAAACUGGGGGUUUCGGGAGGCAGGACUAUCAAGACAGGGAGAUAGAGCAGUAUAGGCAUGGAAUCGGGACAGCAUGCACAGUGAUAGUAUCAAAGAGGGCUACAGAAGGGGCCAGAGGUCCAGAGGUGUAGGCCUAGACAGUAAUCAGAUCG